AUGUCUAGAGAGGAGAACACAGAGAAGUUGGAAACACUCCAUCAAUCCUUAUUGGAUUCGAUCAAUACUUAUAAAACGGCUCAAGAUUUACUUUCUACCAAUCAACAAUUAAUAAAUCAAUCAAAUACCAAUGAAGAAAUCGCCAAUCAACUUCAAACUUUAAAGAAACAAUUCAUAUUGGAUUCGUUUAAUGUCAAUAAAGUCAUCAAGGAUUAUAAAGACUGGGAUCAUCAAUAUACUCAAGAUUUCAUCAAUUAUGAAAUAUUCAAUUAUAAUAAAGUAUUGACAGAUAAUAAUCGACUUCAACAAGAAGUUGAUAAAUUGACAGGGAUAUAUGAGGAAUUAUAUAAUAAGGUGAGUUUACCCGAUAUAGAGUUUUCCAUUCAGACUUUGAUUCAAUUUAAUGAUGAAGAAAUCUUACGUCAAUUACCUCGAGAUGAGAAUGGUUCAUAUCCUAAGAUUAUUCAUAUAAAUCAAUUAUUCUCAUUAGAUCCUAAAUCUGAAUUAUCAUUUCCUGAUUAUAAGAAAUUUCAAAAGUUGACUGAUAUAGAAUAUAGAUUAAGAGCUUCCAAACGGUUGAAGUAUGAGAUUUUAUUGUUUAUAAAGAAUCAAGUUCUGGUUAAUAAUACGAAAUGGAGUAAAAGAGAUAAUGAAUUAAAGACAUUUCUUAAUCAAAAAUUACCCAAAGUGUUUGAUGAGGUUAAUGUGAUUAAAGGUUUAGAAGCUAAAGCAUUGAAAGUUAAUGGAGGUGUAAGUAAUGGAGAUGAAGAAGGGAAGAGCCCUAGUGAUGAUGAAGAUGAUGAAGAUGAGAUUAUUCAACAAGAUUUUGAUGAAGAUGAAGAUGAAGAAGAUCAUCGUGAUGAUGAUGGUGAACAUGAAAAUGGAUCAAAAGUGGAAGAAGAAGAAGAGGAGGAGGAGGAAGAGGAAGAUGUUGAUGUGGAUAUAGAAGGUGGAGAUGACUUACCUGAAUCAAGACAAGAAACAGUUGAACUUGAAGAUACACUUGCUCCAUCACAAAUAUCAUCUACCAAACCAUCCGAUAUAGAUUCCGAUGGUGAUGAACUUUUAAUCUAA